CUGCUGGGCUGCUCAGCCUAGCAUCCUGGCGUUGGUGUGUUAGUGCCUUGGUGCGUGUCGCUGAGGUGACCUUCGACCUUCGUACUGUGAAGAGGGGGGCUGUGGAGUACCCACAGACCCCCCUCCAUGAGCCUGGGGCUGGCAGAAUCCCUGCAGGCCCAGCUGGCACUGGAGAUUGUGAUCCAGACACUGGAGAGUUGUGUCCUGGAACCAGACCAAGAGAAGAGCCUGAGUGUACAGAACCCAGCCCAGGACUUCCAGGGAGCCAGCCUGCCCGUCUGUGUUAGGGAGAUCAUCACCAGCAACCUCUCCCGGCCUGAGACCCCAGCCCCACUCCAGGUCCCAGAGAUGGCCUCACUGCUGUCCCUGCAGGAGGAAAACCAGCUGCUGCAGCAGGAGCUGUCCCGGGUGGAGGACCUGCUGGCCCAGAGCCGUGCAGAGCGUGAUGAACUUGCCAUCAAGUACAAUGCCAUCAAUGAGAGGCUGGAGCAGGCUGUGCGGCUGGAGACUGGGGAGCUGGAGGCACAGGAGCCCCGGGGUCUGGUGCGGCAGAGCGUGGAGCUGAGGAGGCAGCUGCAGGAGGAGCAGGCCUCCUACCGGCGCAAGCUGCAGGCCUACCAGGAGGGCCAGCAGCGGCAGGCCCAGCUAGUGCAGCGGCUGCAGGCCAAGAUCCUGCAGUACAAGAAGCAGUGCUCAGAGAUGGAGAAGCAGCUGCUGGACAGGUCCACCGAGCUGGAGCAGCAGCGACUGAGGGACACAGAGCACAGCCAGGACCUGGACAGAGCUCUUCUGCGCCUAGAGGAGGAGCAGCAGAGAAGUGCCAGCCUGGCCCAGGUGAACGACAUGCUGAGAGAGCAGCUAGACCAGGCAAACCUGGCCAACCAGACUCUGAGCGAGGACAUUCGCAAGGUGACCAGUGACUGGACCCGAAGCUGUAAGGAGCUGGAACAGAGGGAGGCAACGUGGAGGCGUGAGGAGGAGUCCUUCAACGCCUACUUCAGCAGCGAGCACAGCCGCCUGCUGCUCCUCUGGAGGCAGGUCAUGGGGCCACGGAUGGCCAGCGAGGUGAAGAUGGGCACCGAGAGGGACCUACUGCAGCUAGGAGGAGAGCUAGUCCGGACGUCCCGGGCUGUCCAGGAGGUGGGCCUGGGACUGAGUGCCAGCCUGCAGCGGGCUGAGAGCAGGGCUGAGGCGGCUCUGGAGAAGCAAAAGCUGCUGCAGGCCCAACUGGAGGAGCAGCUACGGGCCAAACUGCUCCGGGAGAAGGACCUGGCCCAGCUGCAGGUGCAGAGUGACCUGGACAAGGCUGAUCUCAGUGCCAGAGUGACAGAGCUGGCCUUGUCUGUGGAACACCUUCAGAACCAGAACACAGAGAAGGACCAGGUCAACAGGACCCUCUCUGACAAGUUGGAGGCCCUGGAGUCUCUGCGGCUCCAGGAGCAGACAGCCCUGGACACUGAGGAUGGAGAGGGGCUGCAGCAGACCUUGAGAGACCUGGCACAGGCUGCCCUCUCUGAUACUGAGAGUGGUGUCCAGCUCAGCAACUCAGAGCGCACUGCGGACACCUCAGACGGCAGCUUGCGCGGCCUCUUUGGCCAGCGGACUCCAACUCCACCGCGGCACUCCUCCCCGGGUCGAGGUCGUUCUCCACGCCGAGGUCUGUCCCCAGCCUGCUCUGACUCCUCCACACUCACGCUGAUCCACUCUGCCCUGCACAAGCGCCAGCUACAGGUCCAGGACAUGCGUGGGCGCUAUGAAGCCAGCCAAGAUCUGCUGGGUUCCGUGCGCAAGCAACUUAGUGACAGUGAGGGUGAGCGGCGUGGCCUGGAGGAGCAGCUACAGCGCCUCCGGGACCAGACAGCAACCUCAGUCCAGGCCCAAGAGGAUGCGCAGCGUGAGGCCCAGCGCCUACGCAGUGCCAACGAGCUCCUGAGCAGGGAGAAGGGCAACCUGAGUCACAGCCUGCAGGUGGCCCAGCAGCAGGCUGAGGAUCUGCGCCAGGAGCUGGAAAAGCUGCAGGCCGCCCAGGAGGAGCUGAGGCGGCAGCACACCCAGUUGGAGGACCAGCAGGAGGACACGGUGCAGGAGGGCGCCCGGGCCCGCCGCGAGCUGGAGCGCAGCCAUCGGCAGCUGGAGCAGCUGGAAGUGAAGCGCUCGGGGCUGACCAAGGAGCUGGUGGAGGUGCGGGAGGCACUGAGCUGCGCUGUACUGCAGAGGGAUGUGCUGCAGACAGAGAAGGCAGAGGUGGCCGAGGCGCUGACCAAGGCUGAGGCAGGCCGUGCGCAGCUGGAGCUCUCUGUGACCAAGCUGAGGGCAGAGGAGGCUUCCCUGCGAGAUUCCUUGUCCAAGAUGAGUGCCCUCAACGAGAGUCUCGCCCAGGACAAGCUGGAAUUAAACCGCCUCGUCGCCCAGCUAGAGGAAGAAAAGGCGGCGCUCCUGGGCCGCCAGCAGCAGGCUGAGCACGCCACUUCUCUGGCUGUGGAGAAGCAGGAACGGUUGGAGCAGCUGAGGCUGGAGCAGGAGGUGGAGAGGCAGGGCCUGGAGGGCUCCCUGUGUGUGGCUGAGCAGGCCCGGGAGGCGCUGGGGCAGCAGAUCCUUGUAUUGCGCAGCGAACGCAGCCAUCUGCAGGAGCAGGUGGUCCAGCUCUCCCGGCAGCUGAAUGGACGGGACCAGGAGUUGGAUCAGGCCCUGCGGGAGUCCCAGCGGCAGGUGGAGGCCCUGGAGCGCGCUGCCCGGGAGAAGGAGGCGAUGGCCAAGGAGCGGGCUGGCCUGGCUGUGCAGCUGGCAGCAGCCGAGCGUGAGGGCCGGACCCUGUCAGAGGAGACCAUUCGCCUGCGCUUGGAGAAGGAGGCCCUGGAGAGCAGCCUGUUUGACGUGCAGAGGCAGCUGGCUCAGCUCGAGGCCCGCCGGGAGCAGCUAGAAGCGGACAGUCAAGCCCUGCUGCUGGCCAAGGAAACUCUGACUGGGGAGCUGGCAGGCCUGCGGCAGCAGGUGACAGCCACUGAAGAGAAAGCGGCCUUGGACAAGGAGCUGAUGACCCAGAAGCUAGUGCAAGCAGAGCGGGAGGCGCAGGCCUCUCUGCGGGAACAGCGCGCAGCCCAUGAGGAGGAUCUGCAGAGACUCCAGCGGGAGAAGGAGGCUGCAUGGCGGGAGCUUCAGGCAGAGCGGGCCCAGCUGCAGGGCCAGUUACAGCAGGAGCGAGAGGAGCUGCUGGCGCGGAUCGAGGCUGAGAAGGAGGAGCUGAGUGAGGAGAUCGCCGCACUGCAGCAGGAGCGGGAUGAGGGCCUGCUCCUGGCGGAGAGUGAGAAGCAGCAGGCCUUGUCCCUGAAGGAGUCUGAGAAGACGGCACUGUCAGAGAAGUUGAUGGGAACCCGGCACAGUCUGGCCACCAUCUCUCUGGAGAUGGAACGGCAGAAGCGAGAUGCCCAGAGCCGGCAGGAACAGGACCGGAACACAGUGAACGCCCUAACAUCUGAACUUCGAGACCUCCGGGCUCAGCUGGAGGAAGCCACAGCAGCCCAUGCACAGCAGGUGAAAGAACUCCAGGAGCAGACGGGGAACCUGGGCCGGCAGCGGGAGGCCUGCAUGAGGGAGGCAGAAGAGCUGAGGACUCAGCUGCGCUUGUUGGAGGAUACCCGUGAUGGGCUGCGGCGGGAGCUGCUGGAGACUCAGCGCAAGGUCCGGGACAGCCAGGACAGCUCCGAGGCCCAUCGCCAGGAGGCUAGUGAGCUGCGGCGCAGCCUGAGUGAGGGCACCAAGGAGCGUGAGGCCCUGCGGCGUUCCAACGAGGAGCUGAGGACCGCUGUGAAGAAGGCAGAGAGCGAGCGGAUCAGCCUGAAGCUUGCCAAUGAGGACAAGGAGCAGAAGCUGGCCCUCCUGGAAGAGGCUCGAAUGUCUGUCGCCAAGGAGGCUGGAGAGCUGCGGGCCUCGCUGCAGGAAGUGGAGCGAUCCCGGCUGGAGGCUCGACGUGAGCUGCAGGAGCUUAGGCGACAGAUGAAGACGCUGGACAGUGACAAUGGCCGACUGGGCCGUGAGCUGGCAGACCUGCAGAGCCGCUUGGCCCUGGGCGAGCGGACAGAGAAGGAGAACCGGCGAGAGGUCCUGGGCCUGCGGCAGAAGGUGCUGAAAGGCGAGAGCAGCCUGGAGGCCUUGAAGCAGGAGCUCCAGGGUUCCCAGAGGAAGCUGCAGGAGCAAGAGGCUGAGUUCCGUGCACGCGAACGAGGCCUGUUGGGCUCCCUGGAGGAGGCUCGUGGUGCCGAGAAGAAGCUUCUGGACUCUGCUCGCAGCCUGGAGCUAAGACUGGAGGGCGUGCGGGCAGAGACCUCAGAGCUGGGGAUGCGGCUGAGUGCGGCUGAGGGCCGGGCCCAGGGCCUGGAGGUCGAGCUUGCCCGCGUGGAGGCGCAGCGCCGGGUAGCCGAGGCCCAGCUGGGUGGCCUGCGCUCCGCCCUGCGCCGGGGCCUGGGCCUGGGCCGAGUGUCCAGCUCCCCGGCUCGAGAGGCCCCUGCAGGAGGAAGUGGGGACGGGCUCAGCAGCCCCAGUCCUUUGGAAUAUAGCCCUCGGUCCCAGCCCCCGUCUCCGGGGCCUGUUGCCUCCCCGGCACCUCCAGACUUGGACCCAGAAGCUGUGCGUGAUGCGCUCCGAGACUUUCUGCAAGAGCUGCGGAGUGCCCAGCGGGAGCGGGAUGAACUUAAAGUCCAGACUAGCACCCUGAGUCAACAGCUGGCUGAGAUGGAGGCCGAGAGAGACCAUGCAGCCUCAAGGGCCAAGCAGCUGCAGAAGGCAGUAGCUGAGAGCGAGGAAGCCUGGCGCAGUGCAGACAGGCGGCUGAGCGGGGCCCAGGCCGAGCUGGCACUGCAGGAAGAGAGUGUACGACGUAGCAGGCGGGAGUGCAGGGCCACGCUGGACCAGAUGGCAGUGCUGGAGAGGAGCCUGCAGGCCACCGAGAGCGAGCUCCGGGCCAGCCAGGAGAAAGUCAACAAGAUGAAGGCCACUGAGGUGAAGCUGGAGAGCGACAAGCGGCGGCUGAAGGAGGUGCUGGAUGCGUCUGAGAGCCGCUCCAUCAAACUGGAGCUGCAGCGGCGCGCUCUCGAGGGCGAGCUGCAGCGCAGCCGCCUAGGCCUGGGGGACCGUGAGGCCCAUGCUCAGGUCCUCCAGGAUCGGGUGGACUCCCUGCAGAGACAGGUGGCAGACAGUGAGGUGAAGGCAGGGACCUUACAGCUAACAGUGGAGAGGCUCAGUGGGGCACUGGCCAAGGUGGAGGAGAGCGAGGGGACCCUGCGGAGCAAGGUGCAGAGCCUGACAGAUGCCCUGGCCCAGAGCAAUGCCAGUCUCACCAGCAGUCAGGACAAGAAUCUGUACCUACAGAAGGCCUUGAGUACCUGCGAACAUGACCGCCAAGUGCUGCAGGAACGGCUGGACGCUGCCAGACAGGCACUGUCUGAAGCUCGAAGGCAAAGCAGCUCCCUGGGUGAGCAGGUGCAGACUCUGCGGGGCGAGCUGGCCAACCUGGAGCUGCAGCGGGGCGAUGCUGAAGGCCAGCUGCAGCAGCUGCAGCAGGUGCUGCGGCAGCGGCAGGAAGGGGAGGCCGUGGCUCUGCGCUCCGUCCAGAAGCUACAGGAGGAGCGGCGCCUGUUGCAGGAGCGCCUGGGCAGUCUGCAGCGAGCCCUGGCCCAGCUGGAAGCUGAGAAACGUGAGCUGGAGCGGUCGGCACUGCAGCUUGACAAGGACCGUGUGGCACUCAGGAAGACACUGGACAAGGUGGAGCGGGAGAAGCUUCGAAGCCGCGAGGACACACUGCGCUUGAAUGCAGAGAGGGGCCGCCUGGACCGCACACUCACAGGAGCUGAGCUGGACCUGGCUGAAGCCCAACAGCAGAUCCAACAUUUAGAGGCACAGGUGGUGGAGGUCCUGGAGCGGAACCACAGUCCUGUCCAGCUGGAGGCAGAUGAGCAGCACCUGGAGCUGCAACAGGAGGUUGAGCGCCUGCGCAGUGCCCAGGUACGGACAGAGCGCACACUGGAGGCACGGGAGCGGGCCCACCGCCAGCGCGUGUCGGGGCUGGAGGAGCAGGUAUCCACACUGAAGGCACAGCUGCAUCAGGAGCGUCACAGGAGCUCAGCAUCCAUGUCCCCACCCUCUGGCACCCCAGAGAAAUGAGUCCCUUCCAGCCCAUAUCCUGAGCAGUCCCUGGGCAGGAGAGAGGCCCUCUGUAGCAUUGUCUGCCCAGGGCCUGGUCAUCAGAGUGCUGGGUGAGGGAGCUGGGGUGGCAGAGAUGAUGGCUGUGGUGACACCCACGGUGGCUUCUCAGAGCGACUGCAACACCUGUUCUACCCUGGCCUCUCAUGAAGAGUCUCUUGAUGGUCCAAGGCUCUCCUGCUUGGCUGAGCCAGCCAGGCAUCAGGGAGGGAGAGCACUUGUUUCCGCCUGCCAGCAGCAGAGCAAAGGUUCCCCAGACAGGGGUACCUGAGCCAGAACGCCCAGCUUCUUAGCAUCCUUGUCAGAGUCGGAAGCUCCCUCGUGAGCUUAGAGCCCUUGUAUUUUUGUAUCUUUUUAUAAUGUUCACUGUGGAGAACAUGUGCUUUUUGUAACAUGACCUGUUUUCUAGAA